AAAAUGUGCUCACUUAAAGUGUUUUUGAUCUUUGUGGCUGCUGUAAUUGCUGUCAGUUGCAUAAGCAGCACCAGUGCAGCGAUAUUCACACAACCUGCUGCCAUCCAUCCUGCAUAUCGUGGCAAGUGCUUCGAUAAGAUCACCCGUCGUGCUAUGCUACCCAACAAGGAGUACAAACCGAAGGGCAUUUGUGCGGUUAUGACAUGCGACAUCCUCGCACAAACAAUCAACAUUGAAACCUGCCCGUACGUGGAGAUGCCCGGCUGUGAGGAGCUGCCUAGCGAUCCCAAAUGGUCGUUUCCCAAGUGUUGUCCGCAAUUCAAGUGCACAGACUUCAAGACCGGCAAGGAGUUCAUUGUGUCGGUGUAAAGGUCAGCAAUGUCGCAGCAGCUGCAGCAACAAAAUUAAAAACAAAAACAAAACAAAAAUACUCAAGCGCCGCACAACGCAUGCAAAGGAGAUUGUAUGGCAGGCAGGCAGGCAGGGAGGGAGUGUAUGAGGCGUGUGGCGCAAAAAACGUGAUUUUAUGCUUUUACUUACCAUUUACUACCUUAAACUAUAAUUAAAACUGAAAAGUACUAUUUUUAAAUGUGUGAAACGUGAAGCGUGUGUAGAGUGCAUGAUUGUCGUCAUGAAAAUUUAUUUUGUUUUUUAAUUGUUUUUCCUUUUAAUUAUUUUCAUAUUUUUGUCUUUGAAAGCUAUUCUUUGUCCAUUAUAAACUUCAUUAGCAUGUAAGAUUAUUUAUUGACAAAACAAAAA